UGAACCACAGGCUGCCACAUGUUAUUCACAAAAUUGGUUUGCUCUGGGAAUUCAUGCUAACUUGUUUGCUGUUUAGUUUGAGAAAAUUGGAUACGAGAACCUCAGGAGAGUAUGUGGCCUCCAACAAUAAAUUUGGUAGUGUUCUCUUAAGGGUCUUACCCCCUGCAGCAUUUUGUUCUAGGAUAAGCUUUUGCUGGUUCAAUCACUGCUCAGGUUGUAAGAUGUGUAUGCUGAUUUGCAUUUUCUCAUUUAACGGACACUCUAUAUGCAAGUGUAAACCAUUGGAUACCAGUAAGGUACAGCUUGGUAGAUUUCUUAAUGGAGGAUCUAAUGAUCUUAGGAUCACACCUAAAUGGCCACAUAUGGAACCCCCAUCUUCUGGUACAGCACAAAAUGAUCACCGGUGCUUUGGGAUUGGAGGAAGCAAACUCUCCUCAGCAACCAUUAGUCAAGAUGCUGAAGGAUUUCUUCUUAAUGCUAUCAACAUGAACUUCUUUGAUCGUUUGAGCUUGGCAUGGAGGAUUCUUUUUCCCACCAGAACUGCAAGAAGAAAAUCCAAUGCAAGGAUUGCUAAGCAGAGGCUUAAGAUGAUCUUAUUCUCUGAUAGAUGUGCGGUCAGUGAUGAAGCAAGGCAAAAGAUUGUUCGCAAUAUCAUUGAAUCCUUGUCUGAAUUUGUUGAGAUAGAAUCUCAGGAUAAAGUCCAACUUAAUGUCUCAACAGAUCCAGACCUUGGUAUGGUAUACUCCGUGACUGUCCCUGUCCGGCGUGUGAAACCCGAAUACCAAGAUUCUGAGGAGGAUUACAGGGGGAAAAUAACAGGCAUCACGUACAAGGACACAGGAGAGACAUCUGAGACUGUUGAUGUCACAUUUGAUUUCUUCAUCCCCAAUGAGAACUAAUUAGAGUUUUUUUUAUUUGUUUCUUUCCUUUUUGUUUAACGCAGAAAGAAAAUUUCAUCAUGCUUAGGAGUGUUGUUCUUCAUGUUUAGCUGCUGAAAUUUUCCUGUAAGCUUUUGAACUCUUUUGGAACCCACGGGUUUUGUAUAUAUUUGACAUUUGCGAACUGACUGCAGGAUUUAUUUGGAAAUGCUUGCAAUUAUUCCUUUGUUGAU